UCCUCCGUCGCCACCAACCUAUCAUCACUAUUGUAUUUCCUUUACUAUGGCUGACGGAAAAUUGUCUAGCGAAAUUGCCGGAAAACCAAUUCGAUGCAAAGCUGCAAUUUGUCGCGAAGCAGGGGAGCCUCUAGUGAUCGAAGAAAUCAUGGUGGCUCCUCCGAGUCCUUACGAAGUUCGAAUUCGAAUCAUCUGCACAUCUCUCUGUUACAGCGACAUCACGUUCUGGAAACUGAAGGAACCUCCUGCUUGUUUCCCCAGAAUUCUGGGCCACGAGGCUGUCGGUGUGGUGGAGAGUGUGGGUGAGAAUGUAAACGAGGUCGCAGCGGGGGAUGCCGUCAUUCCGAUCUUCUUGUCGGAAUGUGGAGAGCGUGACGAUUGCCGUUCGAAACACAGCAAUUUGUGUUCAAAACUCCCAUUCAGGAUUCAUCCAUGGAUGCCUAGAUACGAUACCAGCAGAUUCACUGACCUUAAGGGAGAGACUUUAUAUCAUUUCCUAUUCAUUUCGAGUUUCUCCGAGUACACGGUGGUCGAUGUUUGUAAUGUCGUCAAGAUUGAUCCUUCUAUUCCUCCCAAUAGAGCUUGUCUCUUCGGGUGUUGUGUAGCCACAGGGGUUGGUGCUGCUUGCAAAACGGCCAAGGUUGAGGCAGGAUCAACAGUUGUCAUAUUCGGGCUGGGAUCGAUCGGACUAGCGGUUGCAAAGGGAGCAAAACUGUGUGGUGCAGAUAGAAUUAUAGGAGUGGAUGUGAACCCUGAUAAAUUUGAAGUUGCAAAAAAAUUUGGGGUCAUUGAGUUCGUCAAUUCAAAAGAAUGUGGGGACAAAUCUCUAAGCCAGGUAGUCACUGAGAUGACCGGAGGAGGUGCAGAUUACUGCUUUGAAUGUGUUGGGAUAUCAUCCUUGGUAGAAGAAGCCUUUGCAAGCUGUCGAAAGGGUUGGGGAAAGACUAUUGUACUGGGAGUGGACAAGCCAGGUGCACAGUUGAAGUUGAACUCUUCAGAAGUUCUUUUGUCUGGGAAAACCCUCACGGGUUGCUUGUAUGGAGGUGUCAAAACCAAAACCGACGUCCCACUUCUGAUAAAACGUUACACGGACAAGGAAUUGACGGUGGACGAAUUUGUGACGCAUGAGGUUAAGUUUGAAGACAUCAACAAAGCCUUUGAAUUACUUCUGGGAGGAAAGUGCAUCCGAUGUCUGAUCUGGAUGGACAAAUGAGCCAUCUGCUCAUAUAUUAUAUUGUCAUCAAUUUUAUGAAUUUGCAACAUUAUCUCUGUAUUUUAUUUUCCAAUAAAGUAC